CUAGCAGCAGGCGGUAGCAGAGAAAUUAUUAUCGAGACACAUCGCGAAAUCUUUUCGCGGCUCGGGCGUCAUCGCGUCACGCGCGAAUCUUUCGUAUCCGAAGCGCCCGCGGCGGCUCUCUCGUCUGGUCACUGGUGUGCUCGCGCAAUUCUAUUAUAAUCGGUUUCUAACCUAAAAAUAAAAGUUCGUGCGCGCGGGGGGGCGGGGGUGGUCUUCGCAGCACAUAUACAGAUACACAGACAGACAGAGCAGUGCGACGAGCAGCUCGACGCAGCGAGGCAACAGCAGCAGCAACACGACGACGAGCCGACCAAUCGGCAGUGAGCCUGGCAGAGCUGACACAAAAAUAAUUUAUCCAUUAUCGUUCUCCCUCGGAGGCCCUCGACGUCUUCUUUAUUAUUAUUUUGUAAAUAAAUCAUCCGACUGACAAGGAGAUAUAUACGUGAUAUAAUCGAGGAUGGACAGCAGCGCUGAUACUGUGCUCGACACCGGCGGCCUGGCGGUUGGCGACAUUCUGCUCGCCGAUCACAACAAUCAUCAUCACAAUCAUCACCACCAUCAGCUCAAUCAUCUUCAUCAUCAACUGCAGCCGUCGUUCAUUCAACAACAACAACAACAACAACCACAACCAGCAGCAGCAGCAGCAGCAGCAGCACCGCAGAACAGCGGCAGCAACUCCGAAUUCGCCAAUUGCUUCGCGACCGCUGCUGCUAGCUGCGAGUUCGUCAUCGGCGGCGACGAUCACAAUGAUCGUGUCAACAAUGCGACGACCUGCUUCGCGCCCGGCGGCCCGACGUCGUCUUCAUCCACGACGACGACGACGUCGACGACCGCGAACAGUGCCGACGGUGGCGGCAAGAAGACCUGGAACGAGCUGCGAGCCGCCGUGAGUGAUCUGCGCCGCAAAGUGUCCAGCCUAUCGUCCGGCUCCGUGCCUGGCUCGAUCAACUUCAGGUCGCUGCCUGAUGGCAGGAUAAGAAUAUACUUCUUGAGCACACCUAGCAACGCUUGGGAAAGAACAUUAUUGUAUGCGGAUGUGGCCCACUCGGAUCAUGCAAAUGGCUAUCGAUUGCAAUGGCAGCCCGUUCUUGAAAACAACUUCCAAUGGUUGAUAAAUUAUUUGCCAAUUAUGUCAAGUGCCAAUCAAUUAUCAAAAGAAGAACAAUUAUUAUGGGAACGAAAAAGAUUAGCAACCGGUGGUAUAACCAGUUACGAAAUACAUCCUGAGGGUGGGAAAUUAGUAUUUCCAGCAGCCAGUAGUCUUUAUCAAUGCAUAGAUACUGGUUUUAUGCCAGGACCGUUAUUUCCUUCAGAAUUGAGGAUGUCUACUUCAGGUGCCAAAUUAUGUCCACAAAUUUGUCCAUGGAACAAUGCUUUAGUCGCAUAUACUUGUGCCGGUGAUAUUCAUGUAUCCCACAGUAUAACGGGUUCAUCUGCCCGAUUAACAUAUGCCAAAAAAGGAGGUAAAAGUUUGGCUGAAGAUCCCUUAAGUGCCGGUACACCAUCUUAUGUAAUGCAAGAAGAGUUUACGAGAUAUAUUGGUUAUUGGUGGCAGCCAGUUUCACCAGAUGGAAUUUAUAGAAUACUUUAUGAAGAAGUAGACGAAAGCGAUGUCAAAAUAUUUUGUUUUCCUUCUUCUGACACUUCCCAAGAAGCCGAUGAAUUUAGAUUUCCACGAGCUGGCACAAAUAAUGCUAGAAGUAAUUUAAAAAUGGUCCAAUUCAAAGUUACUGACACUUAUCAAAUCACUGACAUUGAAACUCUUGAACUUCAGUACCCAUUACACAUUAUGUUUUCUUGGAUGGAAUAUAUGGUUAGAGCUGGUUGGACAAAAGAUGGAAAACAUGUUUGGGUCCAAUUACUUGACAGAAAACAGCAAAGACUUGAUCUUGUAUUAAUUUUGGUAGAUAAUUUUUGUGAGACUCCACCAAAUGUAUAUCUUUCUGAAAAUAGGUUUUCACCAUUAUCAGGCAGCAUUCAAGUAAUAUAUUCACAAAAAAAUAAUGUGUGGGUGAAUGUUAAUGAUUUAUUGUACUUUUUACCAUCUCGUGAUCCUGCAGAGGUUAAAUUCAUUUGGGGCAGUGAAGAAACUAAUUAUAGACAUCUGUAUCUUGUAACAGCAGGUAUAGGCGGAAUUGGAAAUGGCAUUGAAGAUACAACUGAAAAAAUGGAUUGUCUAUUUUUGCAACCAAGAAUACUAUCAAAAAUUGCCUUAACUAGUGGUAAUUGGGAAGUUCUUGGAAAAGAAAUAUGGGUUGACGAAGCUAAUUGUAUUGUAUACUUUGUUGGUAUGAGGGAAGGUCCCUUAGAACAGCAUGUAUAUGCUGUUUCUUUGCAACGUCCUUUAGAGAUACGAUUACUUACAAGGCCUGGUUACAGUUAUACUAAUGUAUAUUUCAAUCAGGAAUGUACAAUGAUGGUCGCUGUUUAUAGUUGUAUAAAUUCUUUGCCUGCUUGUCAGGUUUUCAGAAUAUCUCAUUCUGACUGGACUGUGGAAAAUAUUUCUUUAACUCCUGUCGGAUUUUUACUUGAACCAUCCGCACCAGAAUCAAAUGUUUUUAUCCCAGAAUUAUUUAGCUACAAAAUUUCUUCAGGAGAUGUAAUAUAUUCAAUGAUUUUUAAACCACACAAUUACCAACCUGGAGUAAAAUAUCCCACAGUUUUGAAUGUUUAUGGUGGUCCUGAGGUACAACUAGUAUCAAACACUUUCAAGGGGAUGAGAAAUUUAAGGAUGCACAUGUUAGCAGCCCAAGGGUACUGCGUAGUGCUGAUUGAUUCUCGUGGUUCGCAUCAUAGAGGCCUAAUUUUCGAAAGUUAUAUACAAGGCAAAAUGGGAACUGUAGAACUUGAUGACCAAGUUGAAGUACUUAGAUGGCUUGCUAAUACAACUGGUUGUAUUGAUAUGAAUAGGGUUGCUAUUCAUGGGUGGUCAUAUGGUGGAUACUUGAGUUUAAUGGGUCUGAUCCAAUAUCCUGAUGUUUUCAAGGUUUCAAUUGCUGGAGCUCCAGUAUCUUCAUGGUACUACUAUGAUACAGGCUACACUGAACGAUACAUGGAUCUACCUCAAUCCAAUGUGAGUGGCUACAUGGCGGGCGACAUUUUAAAUUACGUAAACAAAUUCCCCGAUGAAGAAAAUCGGUUACUCAUAAUUCACGGUCUAAUCGACGAAAAUGUUCACUUUUAUCAUACAAGUCAGCUGAUUAACGCAUUAGUGAAAAUGGGAAAACCAUAUCAACUACAAAUUUAUCCUAAUGAAAGACACAGUCUUCGAAGUUUGGAUGCAAGCAAACAUUAUGAAACGACGCUAUUGUCGUUUUUACAAAAUAAUUUGUAAAUCUGUUAACAAAUGAAACUAGCUUUAUAUUGAAUCAAUGAAAAGAGCACAAAUAAGUAUAAUUGUUAAAAUGAAGAUGAUAACAAAGUUGCAAGCCUAAGCUACCAACUGCCGGUUUUAUACAUGUAUAUAGUAUAUGAAUGUACAAGCAUUCAACUUUUAUGAUUUUUUUUCUUAAUUGUUACUGCUGUCUUAAAAAGAUACAAUUUAGAGUGACUUGUAAGCAAAGACGAGAUUUUUAAAAAGACUAACAGUAUUACAAACUUAAACGAAGAUUUAUGUUUGCUACUGUAAAUUUACAAAGCUUUCAAUCAUCUUCAGUUGUUUUGAAAUUUUUACAAGUAAUUUUGAACUUUUAAAUAAUGUAUAUACUUGUAAAUUUUAUCGUUAAUACUGAUAAUGUGUAAUAGUUGAUGAAAUAUUUAAUUUGUUUUGUGAAUUUUGUUCAAGAUAUGAUUAAUGCAAAUGAAUUCAUUUGAUUUUUUUAAAAACUAUCUAAAUUAUAAGCGAUGGGCAAUACUCACAGUUAUUUCUGUAUAUUACAUAAAUGAAAGUAGCAAUUUUAUAAAAUAAUUUAUAAAUACAUUUAUAACUUAUAAAUUUAUAUAUUUAUAAAUUUAUAAAUUUUAAGUAUCAAUUAUAAAUAUAAUAGUCAUGUAUAGCUAAAAUUGUAUUUAUUUUGCAAUACGGUCACAUAUAAUCUUAUAUCAACUAUAAUACAUUCAUAUAAGAUUAUUUUGAUCAUCUGUGCAUUCUUGUAAUUUUUAUAAUUUUACAGUUCUGUCAGUUAUUAAACAUGUAUUUUUGGUAGGAAGAGCAAAUAUAUUUGCAAUUUCUUUGUUGAUUUAUGUGUUUGAAGCAGGUUGAUAAUUACAUGAUUCACUAUUAAUAAAUUAACUAUUUUAUGAAAUAAAAAA